AGAAAAACAUAUCACCAACAGCUCACACGUGAAAACAAGCCCAUUCCAUUAGUUUUUGAAUUGGAAGCUGCCAUGUGUCAAGUUGAAGAGGACUAUAAUGGUCUGGAAUGUAACCAGGAGAAGAUCCCUGUGCCGGGACUUAACAGAAAGUGUAUGAAAUGUAAGGAGGGAACUGCUGUGCUCAUCAUUCGUGUCAGUGAUGCAUUUUGCAGGUCCUGCUUCAAGGAGUACUUCAUACACAAAUUUCGGGCGAUGCUUGGAAAGAAUCGUGUCAUCUUCCCCCAGGAGAAGGUUCUUCUUGCUGUUUCUGGAGGUGCAGCCUCUUGCACAAUGCUUUCACAAGUUCAAGAGGGGCUGAGUCGAGAUGCUCCCAAAAAACUAAGGUUUAUGCCUGGAAUCCUAUACAUUGAUGAUGGCGGAGCUUGUGGGCGAAGUGAAGAUGAGCGGCAGGCUUCCAUAUCUCAGCUGAAAAACAUCUUCACACAGACUGGCUUCCCCUACUUUAUAGUUCCUUUAGAGAAGGUUUUCAGUUUGCCCACCUCUGUCCUGGUACCUGGCACAUCUGAUCCAGAUCCAUCCAAUCCCUGCUAUAAACAAGCUGUGGACGAGUAUCUGAAAGGGAAGCAGAAACUUGGAGAAGAGGAGGCAGUCGGUGCUGUGGCUCAGCUCAAUCUAGAAGAUUCUGCAUAUUCAUCUGAACACAAGCUGGCAUUACAGAGAUUGUUCUCAUCACUCAAGACACUGACUGCCAAACAGGAGAUGUUACAGACCCUAAGGCAGCACCUGAUUCUGCAUGUUGCCCGUGAGAACAACUACUCAAAGGUGAUGAUGGGAGACAGCUGCUCACGACUGGCUGUCAAGCUGCUCAGUAACAUUGCUCUGGGCCGCGGAGCAGCGCUGGCUUCAGACACGGGUUUCUCUGAUCCUCGCUUUGGGGAUGUGGUGAUUGUGCGGCCCAUGAGGGACUACUCCUCAAAAGAGAUCACCUUCUACAGCCGGAUGUUUCAUGUGCCCUCUGUGUUUAUCCCAGGACUGGAUACCAAGAGCUAUGAUAAAGCCAGCAUCCAGAGACUGACGGAGAGUUUCGUCACCAACCUGCAGGCUGAUUUCCCUUCCACUGUUAGCACCAUCUACAGAACUAGUGAGAAGCUUCAUACAGUCAGGCCUCCUCAAAGUCAAAGCACUGAAGCAGAACCUGCCUCCAAAUGCCUACUGUGUCUCUGUGCCCUUGACACUACAGCAGAUAAAGCUUCUGCUUUUCAUGCUACGUUGAUCUCAGAGCAGCUUUCCCAGCUCAGACUUCAGAAAGGGUCUGUGGAUCCAACGGUGGAGUCUUCAAAUCAGUGUUGUGUGGAGGAUCAGACCUGCGGGACCUCAGGCUGCUGCUCCUCAAACAGGACGCCUGUGCAGCAGGACCCAAAGGCUCUCCUGUGUUACAGCUGCAGACUCACUAUUAAAGACAUGGCAGCAGUAAGCACUCUUCCGCCAUACAUCUUAACAGAAGCAGAGAAACGACAAAGAAGAUCUCAGAUGAAGGUGGAGAUCAGCGAGUAUCUUCUGGAGGAGGACCAGGACUAGCAGAUGUUUGUAGGACUGAUCACUCUUUUUUUGAUAACCGCAGUCUGUGGUAGCAGGAAAUAAUUUAAAGCCCAAAACAUAACAAUAUUCCAUUGUAAACAUUUCACUAUUUGUCAUCUUUGUAAAUGAAUAAUAAUAAUAAUAAAAAAGUCAAAUUGAAACAUUUUUCAAAGUUUAUGAACGCAGUCAAUAUUACAGUAAUUUAUUUGUGCAGACAGGCAACAUUCUUGAAUUUCUUAAUUUAGCAAACUGCUUACUCAGCAAGGAAUUUUUUACAGGCUCACAUUUGCAUAACCAUACAUACAGUGGAAACGAUUUUUCCAGCCACGACGGUUGAAAUUUGGCACACUCAUUACACAUCGUGCGCACAUAUACGAUUAAAACAUCCUCACAACCUUAAAUCGCCAAGCACAGCAUUCCAGCGCUUAGCCAAUGGAAGCAAACAAUACAGCUGUCAGAUGUCCAAGGAUUCGACAGACUUUUUAAUGAGGAGAAAUGAUUUCAAGUGUUUGAUCAGAGACUGUAAAACCAGGAACAAAAUACUAAAUGGCUCUCAUCCGAAGAUACUUUGGCUUGUAAACACUGCUGUAGUAACAGAAUA